AUGAGAAUCGGGCUGGCCCCUGAUUCUGUGCAACAUGCUAACCUGAACCAUACAAGGCUGGCCCCUGAUUCUGUGCAACAUGCUAACCUGAACCAUACAGGGUUGGCCCCUGAUUCUGUGCAACAUGGAAACCUGAACCAUACAGUGCUGGACCCUGAUUCUGUGCAACAUGGAAACAUGAAGCAUACAGGGCUGGCCCCUGAUUCUGUGCAAUAUGGAAACCUGAAGCAUACAGGGCUGGCUCCUGAUUCUAUGCAACAUGCAAACCUGAAGCAUACAGGGCUGGCCCAUGUGCAACAUGGAAACAUGGAGCAUACAGGGCUGGCCCCUGAUUCUGUGCAACAUGGAAACCUGAAGCAUACAAGGCUGGCCCCUGAUUCUGUGCAACAUGCUAACCUGAACCAUACAGGGCUGGCCCCUGAUUCUGUGCAACAUGGAAACCUGAACCAUACAGGGCUGGCCCCUGAUUCUGUGCAACAUGGAAACAUGAAGCAUACAGGGCUGGCCCCUGAUUCUGUGCAACAUGGAAACCUGAACCAUACAGGGCUGGCCCCUGAUUCUGUGCAACAUGGAAACCUGAAGCAUACAGGGCUGGCCCCUGAUUCUGUGCAACAUGGAAACCUAAACCAUACAGGGCUGGCCUCUGAUUCUGUACAACAUGGAAACCUGAGCCAUACAGGACUGGCCCCUGUGCAACAUGGAAACCUGAACUAUACAGGGCUGGCCCCUGAUUCUGUGCAACAUGGAAACCUGAACCAUACAGGGCUGCUUCCUGCUUUUUUGCAACAUGGAACUCUGAACCAUACAGGGCUGGCCCCUGUGCAACAUGGAAACCCGAAUCAUACAGGGCUGGCCCCUGUGCAACAUGGAAACCUGAAGCAUACAGGGCUGGCCCCUGAUUCUGUGCAACAUGGAAACCUGAAGCAUACAGGGCUGGCCCCUGAUUCUGUGCAACAUGGAAACCUGAAGCAUACAGGGCUGCUUCCUGCUUUUUUGCAACAUGGAAACCUGAACCAUACCGGCUUGGCCCCUUUUCCUUGCUUCUCUCUUCUCAGUUGUCUUACUUUAAGUUGCCAUCCAUUGUUAUAA